CCACGUGACCGGAAGUGCCUACCCAAUCGAGUUCCCCCUCGUUCUCCAACAUGUCCGCCUCCGACAAAGACACGUUUGCCGAGGAAGCGGACGGCAUGGAGGAGCAGCAGGAAGAUGAGGCCGUCAGCGACGACGACGAGGGAGUCGACAUGGAGGAGGACGAAGGAGAAGAUGGGGACGGGGACAAGAAAGUAUACGUCCCCGGAAUCGAGCCCCUGAAGCCGGGAGAGCAGCUGGAGAUGGACCAGUCUGCGUACCGCAUGUACCACGAGUGUCAAACAGGCGCGCCAUGUUUGAGCUUUGACGUUGUGACAGACGCUGACGGAGAUGGCAGCAAAGAGUUCCCUCUCUCCAUGUUGUUGUGUGCAGGCACACAGGCUGACACAGCCAUGGCCAACAGACUGCUGGUCAUGCGCAUGCACAAUCUUCAUGGAACAGAGAAAGAAAAGGAGGAAGAGGAGGAAAGCAGUGAUGAAGACAGCGAGGAGGACGAUGAUGAUGAAGAAGAUAAAAAGCCACAACUGGAAUUGGCCAUGAUGCCACACUUUGGCGGCAUUAACAGAGUCAGAGUGACCCGACGUGGAGACCAGGCUCUGGCCGCCGUCUGGUCCGAGAAGGGAGUGGUGGAAAUAUUUGAUCUGCAACCUCAGCUCAAUGCCGUCCACAGUUCUGCGGCCAUGAAGACGUUCAUGCAGCAGCGGAAGGAAGCCGCGGCACUCUUCAGCUUCUCAGGUCACAUGAGCGAGGGCUUUGCCAUUGACUGGUCGCCCAUAGUACCUGGUCGUCUCGCCAGUGGCGACUGCAAGAAGAACAUCCACGUGUGGGAUCCACAGGAGGGCGGAGCUUCGUGGCGGAUUGAUCAGCGGCCUUUCAGCUCGCACAGCAAGUCCGUCGAGGACCUGCAGUGGUCACCUACUGAAGCUACGGUUUUUGCGUCAUGUUCAGUCGAUCAGUCCAUCCGUGUUUGGGAUAUCCGCGCCCCGCCCAACUCCAUGCUAUCAGCCAACGAAGCCCAUGAGUCAGACAUCAACGUCAUUAGCUGGAACAGAACUGAACCGUUCCUCCUCUCGGGAGGGGACGAUGGGAUUCUCAAAGUGUGGGACCUGCGGCAGUUUAAGACCGGGCGGCCCGUGGCCAACUUCAAACAGCACUGCGCCCCCAUCACCUCGGUGGAGUGGAACCCAGUGGACUCGAGUGUGUUCGCCGCGUCCGGGGCAGACGACGUGGUCAGCCAGUGGGAUCUGUCGGUGGAGUCGUGUGACGUGGGCACCAGGGUGGCGGGCAUGAAAGACCUGCCCCCGCAGCUGCUUUUCCUUCACCAGGGCCAGUCGGAGAUCAAGGAGAUCCACUGGCACCCGCAGAUUCCCGGCGUGGUGAUCUCCACGGCACUGUCCGGAUUCAACGUUUUCAGAACUAUAUCUGUGUAACGUGUGUUCUGUAAAGUAUAUAAUUCCCAGUGUACCUUGCUCUUGAACUUCUAUAAACAUUUUCACCGUGCA